AUUGAUAUGAACAUCAUCAAUCAUAUUGACGAACGAGAAAAGAAAGUGAAUACCAUUUGACCAACAACCAAACUUCAUCAAUAUAUAAUAGUAAAAUGGUAAUAGCAACAAAAAUGUUUCGAUUUCAAUUUUUUCUAUUGUUAGCUAUUAUGGCUAUUUCUGAAUUCAAUUCAUUUCGAAUCAAUAUGGUUGAUGGUCGAAAUUAUAAUGGUGAAUAUUGGAAUCCAAUUCUUGAUCAACAUCAAUCGAAGAAAAAUUCCCAACAUCUGAAUGAUUUUCCAGUCGAUCAUUAUUCACAAUCAAAUUUGAUUAAUUCAUUUACACCCAUUCAUUCUGUCGAUCAUUAUCAACCAUCAUUGACAAUUAUACCGGAAUCAUAUCCGAUUCCCAUAAAAAUAUCGUUAUUGCCUGGGCCAAAUAUUCCAUUAAAGUCAGAAUCAUACAAUUAUCCAAGAAAACAUCAUCCAUAUAUACCAUGUGAACUAUUAACACAACGUUUGAAUGAAAUUCUUAAACCACAAUGGCGAUUGCGAUGUUCAAAUCAUUAUCAUCAACAACAGGUUAAAGAUUUAGAAUGGCAAGAAAAAAAGAAUUAUAAUAAUGAGAAUUCUGGUCAUAAUAUGAAUCAUUGGAAUGGAUAUUUUGUUGAUCCUACUCCUAUAGUAUAUGAUGAACAACAUUAUCAUCAUAUUGAACAAUAUAUGCCAAAAUCAUCGAAAGCGAAAUCGAUGAUGAUAAUGAAUCCAAGUGCAAUGUAUUCAAAAGAAAACGAUUUAAAUUAUUCACUUGGUUCCGAAUCAAUAGCCAUUGAAAUGUUUAAACAUAAUGAUGGUUAUACAAUACAACCCAAAAAUCAUAAUCAUCACCAAAAAUAUCAUCAUCAACAACAAUAUCCAUAUUCAGGUAAAUCAAACUAUGAAAAUGAAUCGAUUAUGAACAAUAAACAUCUUCAUCAUAUUAAUGAUAAACAGCCAAAAAAUCAUUAUUAUCAUAAAAGCCGUACGAUUAAUGAUGAUGGCCAUAAUAACAACAACAACAAUGACAAUCAUAUUGAUGAUCACACCACCACCACCACCACCAAUCAAAAUAGCGAUAAUCAUGACCAUUAUAUGAAUAAUAAUAAUAAUAAUAAUUGGAACGAAAGUCAAGGCUAUUACAAUAACUUUAAUAAAUAUACAAAUGUUGAUCAUAAUGACUAUAGAUAUUAUUAUUAUCAUCAUGAUAAUCAUAGUCAUAAUAAUAAUAGUCAUCAUCAUCAUCGAAAUAUUACCGAAUCAACAAUAAUGUCCAUAAUGACACCAACAACAACAACAAUGAUACCAAUUAUGGCAAAUACUACUGUAAUUCCAACUUCAAUGAUGAAGAGGAUGCCAGAACGACAAUUGAUGACAAAUUUUCUCAAUAAUAAUAAUCAUAGUUAUUGUAUACUGAGAAAAAACAUCACCACCACCACCACCACCGAUAACAGCAACAACAACAAUGAAACCAUAUUGAAUUCUUCAACAUAAGAAAUAUUGUUCUAUGCGAAUAUGAUUGUCACAUUUCUUCAA